UUAUUCUAUGCAAAAGAGCAUCUAAUUUAGUCUUUGCAACAUGCUGGCAAAAUUUACAAACUUUACCCCCUUAAAUAAGCAAAGUAGAUACCCUUCAGGCAUCCACUCUCUUGUAGAUGCAUAUAUGGUAGCCAUCAGUAAAACAAAGCACAAUGGCGGUAUGAAACAUAAUUAUUCCUCACACACAUACAAACAGGAUGAUCGAUUUGGAGUUGGGGCAAGUCGAAGGGUUCGAUUCGGACAACUUUUCUUCGUUGAGGGAUCCUUAUAUGGCAGCCUUGAAUGGAGACUGGGACAACUUCAAGAAUUUCUUCACCGAAAAAACUCGCCAGCUCUUGUUUGCCAGUAUGACUAUCGAUUCGGACACUGCACUUCAUAUUGCGGCAUACAGCGGAAAAAAAUAUGUGCUUGAACAUUUGGUUGAGCUCCUACCGUCCCAUAGGGUACACGAGGCCUUGUCCAAGAAGAACGAUCACGGUAACAAUACUUUUCAUGAGGUAGCCACCACCAACAAAGUUGAAGCAGCAGAAUUCUUGGUUUGUAAACUCAAUGCAGUUGAUGUAGAGGACCAAUUGCUCAAGAUACUCAGUGAUGAAAACAACCUAGGUGAAACUCCGGUAUAUAGGGCCGCUGCCUAUGGUCAUACAAAAAUGGCCAAAUUUCUGCUUGAUGAAUAUGUAAAAACAAAUGUUGACGAUAUAAGUCUGCACUUUCAAAGAAAAGACAGCGUGUCCAUUCUCCAUAUUGCUGUCAUAGGCCAACACUUUGACACCGCAAUAUGGUUAUUAGGAAAGGACAAGACACUUGCAGAAAGAAAGGCAACAAUGAGAGAGAGAGAACCUGGCCAGACGUGUCUUCAACUGCUAGCAAAAAUGCCAACUGCUUUCUGUAGUACAUCCCCCUUGGGCACACUGGAGAGAUUCGUCUACGUUUAUUCUCAGAUUCACAGUUCAUGUUCUCAACUUCAUCUUAGGUUCUCCUUCCGUGACUUCACUGCAAUUUCUAGAAAAUAUUAUGCCUUGUGGAAGGACAUGUAUCAUGCCAUGUUGAAGGUCAUAGCAAAAGCAUGUCCCACUAUCAGUAAACUCUGGCAGAUGAAGGUAAAGCAUACAUCGGCUUUAAAACUCACCAAGUCUCUAGCAGAGAAGGAUACUACAUGGAUUCAGCUUCACAAUUCUAAAAUAGAAAACAUUACAAUUGACAUGGGGAGACCAGGUUUGGAUGAGGGACGUCGUUCUAACCCCAUCGAGAAGCAAGAGCAACAAACCGAUCAGACAUCUUACACCCCAUUGCUUAUCGCAGCUAGCAAAGGAAUAGUAGAAAUAUUUGACUGCAUGAUUGGGGUGAAUCCUCAGGGAAUUGAGCACAUCAGUAGGGACGAGGAAAACAUAUUACAUGUGGCCAUAAACCACCGCAGAAAAGAAAUCUUCCAGCGCAUUAAGGAGAAGAAAACAAUGACUCGUAGGCUGGCUUCACGGAUUGAUAAGAAAGGCUACACUAUAUUGCAUCAUGCUGCAGACAUGAAGAGCUAUGAUCGAGGACCCCAACCUGCUCCUGUUUUCCAAUUGCAGGAGGAGCUGAAAUGGUUCGAGCGUGCGCAGAAAAUAAUUCCUGACCAUUAUGUCAUGCACCGCGACAGAACUAAUCAAAUGACAGCAGAAGAGUUAUUCAAAGAGACACACUCUAAACUUCUCGAGAACGCGCAAAAGUGGAUAAAGGAGACCUCUCAACCAUGCUCUGCAGUCGCGGUCCUCGUUGCCACUGUAGUUUUCGCGGCUGCCUUCACUGUCCCAGGGGGUAACGACAACACAGGCCAUCCAGUUUUCCUUCACUCUCCAUUCUUCCUGUUCUUCACUAUCAUGGACGUUCUCUCCCUUGCGAGCUCUUUGACUUCCGUUGUCAUGUUCCUCUCCAUCCUCUCUUCUCCAUUUGAGUAUGAAAAUUUCCGUAUAUCACUUCCGCGGACGCUGAGAUUAGGGUUCGCGUUGCUCUUCCUCUCUAUCACAACAGCCAUGCUUAGUUUCGCGACUAAUAUUUUCCUCAUUAUUCAUUUUAAGAAGACAUCUUGGACUAAGACUAUGAUUUGCAUUGCCGCGUUCCUUCCUCUCUCUGUGUUUGCGCUUAUGCAAUUCCCAUUGUACAUAGCAUUCACCAGUACUUUGCGAGCCCUUACCAAGAAAAUAUUGAAGACGGUACCUCCCCAGAAAUUCACUCCUCGUUACUUGCUGACAACCAUUAAGCGAAAAUGGGCUUAACCUCCUCUUCCUUUUCCCAUCAUGAACUACAUGUCAAAAAUCUUAUCUAUAUUACUGUAUUGCCAUGAUUUAUUUUUAUGUAAUAAGGCAAUGAGAAAUUAGAUAUUUCUCAUCCCUGUGCGUGCUUUUAUGAGUAAUAAAGGAACUUCUUUCU